UACUGUGCUUUGCUAGUUAUUACUCAGAUGAGAAACGACACUCUUUCGAAUCAUUCCUGCUAAUUACGAGUUACUGCGCGUAGUCAUCCGAUGAGCUCAUUCCGCUUCCCACUGAUUCUUGGUUAACUAUUUUAGCCUGGUCGUUUUUGCUUUGGGUUAAUCUAAGUACUGAUAUAAUCUUCGAGGACCAACAAGUGUUCAGGAAGGACGGUGGAUAUUAAGCAAGCGAGGUACGUGUGGCACAGCUGUCCGGCAACUUCUGAUCUGGGUGCGCCAGGAUUCACAAUGUUUAGUUCCGCCUCUGAUGAGUCCUUGUUAACGCAACCGGAAUUCUGCUCGGACAGCGAAGAGUACGAAGUGGAGUGCGUUAAAAAGAAGCGGUAUCGCAACGGAUUGGUGGAAUAUUUUGUCAAGUUUACGGGGUAUGACGAUUCUGAAUCCUGCUGGAUCCCGGAAAAAGAGCUCGAAAACGCUCGGGAGGCUGUGGCAGAAUAUGAGCUCGCAAUGAAAAAGCGCGUGGAAUUGGAAAAUUUUUCGAUAUUGGAUGAAUCGCUGCCAAGUGAUAAGCGUGCGCUGCGGACUGGCGCAAUUUUCGGGCAUGAGUCUCAGUGCAACUUAACAACUGAGACCAGUGAAGACUCAAAGGUUGCUAAGCAGCCUACUCAGCCGCAGCACAGUGCGAUUCCGGUGAAACUGAAAGCUGCUGAGCAUACGCCUGUGGAGCGCUUGCCGAAUCCUUCUUUUCAGCAACGUCGGAAAAGAUUCCACAGCGGACGUCCGGGCAACGAUUCUGGGUUUCAUUCUCAGAUUUCCGUUAGUAACCAAAUCCACCCUCCGCCGCGGUCAUCGGCUCCGCAGUCAAUUGUUGUGGCCACGAACGGUCAGUCGGGCGUAGAGCUGGGCAAGAUGGUGGUGAACAUUAUCGCCCAUAAACCGGCGGAACUGCGCAUCCGUUCGCUGAAUGAUGUGCAGUACCUGAUCAACUACGCCGACCAUCCGCAGGAUUUCGUGCCGCAUGCUGUGUGCAUUCAGCACAUCCCGGUGCAUGUAACGGAAUAUCUCGCACAGACACAGAUUGUGUCGUUCCAGUGGGGUUAGUCGAUGACCGGAAACGUCUGAUGCACACAGUAAAGUGAGUAAACUGUGGUUCGCUGGCUUCGGUCUUGAUUGUGUGGUAGCGCCAUCAGUGGCACCGCGUGAGUUCCUACGUCCACACGUAUCUGUUGAAGUGGAUCUUCCUUUUUUGUUUCUGAUUUAUGUCCAUAUGGACUACCACUAAAAUUGCGUGAUACAGAUGCUUCCAGAAAUAGUUUUCUGACCUAACUGUCAGUUCAGCUGGAUGAAAAAUGCAUUGCAUUUGAUGGAUGCACUCGUGUUGUUUUUUCGUCAGCUGAUACGUAGUAGAAGUGGAGACGAAAUACCGGAGUUUGCAGAAGUGCUUAUGUAAGCGCUGUAACCUUUAUCGGUUUUUGCGGAAUAAAGCA